UCAGAAAGCUAAUAAGCCGGCCGGCCUCACAGCUGCUCCCAGCCCUACCAGUCUCCACACCAGCCGGCUCUCGUCUUCUGUUUCCGUUGCUCUGAGAAAUCUUCAUCUCCAUUUCAGUCAAAUAUCUACCACCUCCAUUUCAGAGGCUAACUUCUUCAAUAAGAUUGCUUGAUUUUCUGAGCAGAGAAAGGACAAGCCCUUUGGAAUUGGAAGUUUGCAAUGAUGUGGUGCUGACCUGGAUGUUAACUUCACUGAGAAGUUACUAAUUUGAUCUGGUCUUCAUAUGUUUGAAGAUGGCGAAGAACUUCAGAUUUUUGUUGGACCAGAAGGACAUUGUCAAAGUACUAAUUACCACGGUAGAUGGUUUUAUCCGGGAUCAGCUGUUCAAUAAAGAGCAGAGAAGCCAGCACAGGGAACAAUGUGCUGAAAGAUUGGCAGCUGAAGAUGGAUCAUGUGGUAAAGAAACCGAGGUUCGGUACUCUGAUCAAGCAGUGCUAGCAAAUCUGGAUUGGGGCAUUGAGGCUCUUGAAGAAGCAAUCAAUACUUCAAAUAUGGAAACUAAGCUUGCAAGACUAGACCAUGCUGAAAAAAUGCUGCAAGUUUGUGCCAUGUUGAAUUCUGAUCAGAAAACUGCUGGAGUUCCUAACUUUUACCUCUCAGCUUGGGCACACCUCAACUUAGCAUAUCUAUGGAAAUUGAGGAACAACAUUCAAAACUCAGUUCUCCAUGUCAUUGAGAUGUUUACAGUUGAUCCUUUUUUCUCUCGUAUAGAUUUUGCUCCUGAACUGUGGAAACUUCUGUUUCUUCCACACAUGAGUUCAAUUAUAGGGUGGUAUUCGGAGCAGAGACACCGGCUUGUGAUGGAAGUCAUUCCUGAUUCUCAUGAACUGUCUUUUACAGCUGAUCUUGAUCAAUUUUUCAAUGAGUCUUUAAUCUAUUCAAUGAGGCCGGAUCAGAUAGAGAAAUUGCAACAGCUGGAGCAGCUAUAUGGUGAGUCAUUGGAUGAGAAUACAAGGCUUUAUGCCAAGUACUUCAAGGAUUGCAUGACAUCUGAUUCAACUUCCAGCAAGAAAGUGAUGCCAAUGAUGCCAAUUGCUGAGCCACCAAUGACUCCAUUGCAUGAGGUCAGCCGCUCGAUUCCCGAUUUUGUCAAGUUUGGUCCUAUCUUGCCCAAGAGUGCUGGCUUUUCUCCCAUCCUCAAGUCUAAAGAUGGCACGAGAGACGUAAACAGAACGAGUCUAACUUCUGAAUCAUCAAAAAAUUGGGAGCCUGCCAGAUGGGAUCCUCAGGAAUGUAUCCCUGAGGAGAAUGAAGAUGAGUCCGAUUAUGAGCCAAAUGAUCCUAAUAUGGCUUCUGAUCAUGAGAAAGAGGAAACUGAAAGAAAAGUACAGUCAUCUGUACUCAGAAGUCGAGUCCACAGUCCAACAAUAUUUUCUCCUCUAAUUUCUCCUAAAUCUUCUCCAAAAGUUUCAACUCCAAAAUCAGACACAUCUGCUUCUACACUGCGUUUACUGUCUGUUAGAGUCACAGAUUCUGUUGCCACCUCUUUGCCUGCAUCUCCAGGCAUGAGCAAUGAUUACAGCAUCAGCUCAGCAGACUCUGAUGUUGAAGUGAUAGAAACUACCAAAGGUUCCAGAAAAGCCUACAGUCGAACAUCAAGCAUGAACAAUGAGCUUGUGAAAAUGUCGAAAAAUAGUCCACCAAAUGAAAGCGAUGAAGGAGACCAGAGCUGUGUUUCACUUCCAUAUUCUGAGAGAAUGAAGUCUAAAUCAAGACCACCUAAGGAUUUUGUUUGUCCUAUCACUGGACAGAUAUUUACUGAUCCGGUUACUCUUGAGACAGGUCAGACAUAUGAAAGAAAAGCAAUCCAAGAAUGGCUGAAACGAGGUAAUACAACAUGCCCCAUUACGCGACAACCCAUCUCUACAAUGGUUCAGUUGCCUAAAACAAACUAUGUUUUGAAAAGACUGAUCACAUCUUGGAAAGAACAGCACCCUGAACUUGCUCAAGAAUGUGCAUACUAUGAAACACCAAGAAACUCAUUCAAGCCCUCUUCCGUGAAAGAAAUCCCUUCUGAUACCACAACUCCACAAAGAACAUGUGACUUCAUGGGACAUAGGAAUACCGAUGGUUAUAUCAGCCAAAGGAGCAAAAGAUUCAUGCAGGCAGCUGUUUCUACAUCACCAACCAGUGUGAUAUCUCAGGCUGCAAUUGAGACCAUUAUCAAUGGCUUGAAGCCUCAUGUUGCAUGUUUAUGUACUUCAGAAAAAUUACUAGAAUGUGAAACAGCAGUGUUAGAAAUAGCCAGAUUAUGGAAGGACUCAAAAGGUGAUCCUGCAAUCCAGACAUUCUUAUCUGAACUGACAACUGUAAACGGGUUCAUCGAAAUACUUUCGGCUUCUCUGAAUAGGGAAGUCUUGAGAACAUCUAUAUACAUCCUCUCCGAGCUAAUAUAUGCUGAUGAAAGUGUUGGAGAAACACUUACCAGUGUAGACUCUGACCUUGAUUGCUUGGCAGCUCUUUUAAAGAAUGGUCUGGCUGAGCCUGCUGUUCUUAUUUAUCAGUUGAGGCCGGUGUUUGCUCAGAUUUCUGCUCAUGAUCUUAUACCUUCCCUUGUACAGCUAAUUCAGAGAAAAAAGGAGGAAUCAGAUGAUCUUCAAUUAGUAAUGGACCCUAAAGACGCUGCAUUAGCUAUUCUAGAGCAAGUCCUGGUGGGAGGAGAUGAAAACAGCAGAUCUAUCAAUGCUUUGAGUGUUAUCUCGGCAAAUGGUAUACCUGUUCUAGUCCAGUAUUUAGACAGGCCAGAAGGAAGAAGGUCCAUUGUUUCUAUUCUAUUAUGCUGCAUGCAAGCAGAAAAGUCUUGCAGGAACUUGAUAGCAAAUAGAAUUGAGCCGUCUCCUGUUCUUGAACUAUUUCACGCUGGAACUGAUGGAGUGAGAGGCAUCUGUGUAGAGUUUCUCUCAGAAUUGGUACAGUUGAACAGGAGAACAUUAUGCAAUCAAAUAUUGCAGAUGAUAAAAGAUGAAGGAGAGUUCAGUACAAUGCAUACCUUUCUCGUGUAUCUUCAAAUGGCUCCAAUGGAGCAGCAACCUGCAGUUGCUACUCUCCUUCUUCAGCUUGAUCUCCUGGUUGAGCCAUUUAAGAUGAGCAUUUAUAGGGAAGAAUCUAUAGAGGGGCUAAUUGAGGCACUCCGAAGGAAAGACUUCUCGAAAUCUCAAAUGAUGGCUCUAGAUGCCUUGUUAUCCCUUAGUGGACGUAUAACAUCAUCCGGGGAAUCAUACACUGAAGCCUGGUUACUCAAGAUUGCAGGGUUUGAUCAACCUUACAAAGUUUUAAUGAAAGCAGAGCGGCUGAGGAAACAUGACAAUAAUUUGAUAGAGACAAUGGAGGAAGAAGAGAAAGCGCUAAGUUCUUGGCAGAGAAGGGUUGCUUUUGCACUUUGCAACCAUGAGAAGGGAUCCAUUUUUAAAGUUUUGGAGGAAUGCCUCAAGAGUAACUCCAUUGAGAUGGCAAAAUCAUGUCUUGUCAUAGCUACAUGGCUCACACACAUGCUACCUGUACUUCCUGACACUGGUGUGAAGAUCCUUGCUCGCAAGGCCUUGCUCGAAGAAUUCGUAAAAGUACUCCAGUCAUCGAAUAAUUUGGAGGAGAAGAUUUUAGCAACCUUGGCUUUGAAAACUUUUGUCAGUGAACCAGCUGCACUUGAAGCACUAGGAGUGUAUGCUAAAUGCAUCUACAAAACUUUGAGAAAGCUCAAGAGGAGUACCGCAGUAGCGAGUGACAUAAUGAAAGCCUUGAUGAACUUGUCAUCUGUUGACGUAACACAGUUGUGGAGUUGCGCUGAAGUGGUCGAACUAGAUUCAUGCUCAAAUGGGGAGGUUACAUAUAUUCUUCAACGCAAAGGCCGUGUGUUAAGCAGCCAUUCUGAUGGAACAAUAAAGGUAUGGGAUAUUGGCAAGAAGGCAUUACGACUGAUUCAAGAAAUUCGUGAACACACAAAAGCUGUCACUUGCCUCUAUAUCUCACCUUCCGGUGAUAAACUAUACAGUGGUUCGUUAGACAAAACAAUCCGGGUGUGGGCAAUCAAAGCCGAAGAAAUUCAUUGUCUUCAGGUUCAUGAUGUGAAAGAGGUAGUAUACGAGCUGGUGGCCAACGCUAAAGUCGCAUGCUUUACUUCUCAAGGCACUGGAGUCAGGGUAUACGAAUGGUCUGGGGUCCAAAAGCAUGUGAACUUCAACAAAAAUGUAAAGAGCCUAGCCAUGACAGGAAACACCCUCUACUGUGGUUGCUCUGGUUACAGCAUCCAGGAGAUCGACUUGGGGAGACAAAUAUCAACCACAUUCUACUCCGGCACAAGAAAGCUGCUGGGAAAGCAAAUGUUCUAUUCCCUCGAGAUUCAUGACGGCAUUCUAUAUGCUGGCGGUUCAUCAGUUGAUGCAACAGCAGGGAAGAUAUUUUCGCUUCCAAACAAGGCGGUGCAAGGGUCAUUCUCAACCGGUUUCGAUAUCCACCACAUUGCCAUUAACAAUGACUUGAUCUUUACCGCCACCAAGUGUGGGAUCAUUGAGGUUUGGUUGAAAGAGAGGUUCACCAGAAUUGCUUCCAUCAAAACAGCCGGCGGCGCCCGACAUGCAAAAAUCACAUCCUUGGCGGCAGAUAUGGAUGGAGGGUUGCUGUUUGCAGGCUCCUCUGAUGGCAGAAUCCAGGUGAGAACAUCACAAUAUCAACUUUAAUAUUUUCAGGUUACUUGUUAGCUUAAUGCUUUGCUUGUAUUUUCAGGUUUGGGCACUGGAUUAGCUGCGCAUCAUAUGUUUACAAAGACUUCAAGAAUGGCAUAAUAUCAAUCAUGAUGUGCUUCUGUUGACGCGAACUGCCAAGCCUACAUUGUCAUACUCUUCCAGCAUCCAUGUAAAGUUGCAUAUAAAAUCGCUGAUAUGUAUAGUUGGUAAAUUCAGUUCAAUUGG